CCCCUAGCUGUCAUUGGACCUCAAGCCAAGCCGCGACCCCAGGGCUUGAACUCUGGUCAUGUGACCAGGCAGUAAAGUGACCAGUGGUGUUACUUGGCUCCGGCUGUGGUCAGAGAAGAGCAGGCUGUCGACGAAAGAGGUUGCUGGGGGAGAGAACAGAGGGGAAGGGGGAAAAAAGCUAUGAAGCAAUUCUUCAGCAGACUCCAUGUUUGAAUGGGUUCCAGGCAACCUGGAAGAAGCAUGAAAUGGAUACAUGGGAAGAUGAUCCAGCUGAGCAACGUACUUGCCUUAUCUGUGGAGAUCGAGCCACAGGCCUGCACUAUGGCAUCAUCUCCUGUGAAGGCUGCAAGGGUUUCUUCAAGCGCAGCAUUUGCAACAAGCGCGUAUACCGAUGCAGCAGGGACAAGAACUGUGAGAUGUCACGCAAGCAACGGAACCGCUGCCAGUAUUGCCGCCUACUCAAGUGUCUGCAAAUGGGGAUGAACCGCAAAGCAAUCAGAGAAGAUGGCAUGCCAGGAGGGAGGAACAAAAGCAUCGGACCAGUUCAGAUCACAGAGGAGGAGAUUGAGCGCAUCAUGUCAGGCCAGGAAUUCAAGGAAGACGCUCCAGAGCACACAUGGGGUAACAACGGUGACAGCGACCACAGCUCUCCCAGCAAUGGAGCUUCGGAGGGCAACCAGCCGUCACCUGCCUCCACGCUGUCAUCCAAUCGCUCCAUCGAGAUGAAUGGCUAUACCGCAGCUCUCAGAGAUCAGUACAUCAACACCUCUAUGUCAACACACUACCAGCUCCUGCCACACCUCUUCAGUUAUGCUGCCCAGUCUGGUCUGCUGGCCCCCCAGCCACGCAGCCUUUACCCACAGUCCCAUCCAUUGGUGUUGCAGCUGGUGGCAGCAGAAGACCUGGCCCCACUGACCACCCCGAUGCUCAUAGAAGAUGGCUACAAGGUAACACAGGUGGAGCUGUUUGCCUUGCUGUGCCGCCUGGCAGAUGAGCUACUCUUCCGUCAGAUCUCAUGGAUCAAGAAGUUGCCUUUCUUUUGCGAGCUCUCCAUUGAGGACUACACCUGCCUGCUGAGCUCCACUUGGCAGGAGCUCAUCCUACUCUCAUGUCUCACAAUCUACAGCGCGCAAAUCUUUGGCGACCUGGCAAAUGUCACGGCCAAGUACACACCAUCUGAUGACGAGCUGCAGGGUUUCAGUGAGGACGGCAUGGAGGUGAUGGAGAGGCUGAUUUAUCUAUUUCGUAAAUUCCACCAGUUGAAGAUCAGCAAUGAGGAGUAUGCCUGCAUGAAAGCAAUCAACUUCCUAAACCAAGAUAUCAGAGGUCUGUCAAACAUCUCUCAGCUUGAGCAGCUGAACAAGCGCUACUGGUAUGUGUGUCAGGACUAUACUGAGUAUAAGUACCCGCAUCAGCCCAAACGCUUUCCUGAGAUCAUGAUGUGUCUGCCAGAGAUCCGCUGUAUAGCCGGGAAGCUGGUCAAUGUUCCUCUGGAGCAGCUCCCCCUCUUAUUCAAAGCAGUCUUGCACUCCUGCAAAUCCAGUCUUACCAGCUACAGGACCGGCUCGUCACCUUGUGUGACCACCUCCUCUGGAAAUUAGACCUCCCUGACCCUGAACCCCCCCCCCCCCCCCAAGGCAAGGGACUGGUCUCACCUCUAAUGAAUGUGACAAGCAGCUAGUUUGUUUUUUUAUUACCUUUUCUUUUAAUAUUUAUUACAACGACAGAGCUGAAUGUAUGCUGAUUUACACUGUGCACAUGCUUCUGUAGAAAACAAAUGCUCAUAGAUGCAUUGGUCUUUGGAGUUUACAAGUGUGUAUCCAGUUUGCUCAAUGUGUCCGUGUUGCCAUUGUUAGAGCUAGACUAAAAAAAAUAAUAAGAGUUUAUUUUAUUCAGAUGGGGGAAGACACGUGACAAGUGUUUUGAGACUACCUCAGGAAGAAGUUAUUGCUAUUUUCGUGGUGUUACUAAAGAGUUGCCCAGCCUUACACAAAAUUCCAGUGGAUGCUUCGGCACCUCAAUCAGAGUCUGGAUGUUCAAAGAAGCUGUGCAAAUCAAACAUUAAGAAAUGAUGUUUUAUUACUCGGAAAAUACUAGAUGGUAGAAAAGAUCAACUACUUUAGCUGCAUGGACUCUUGGACAUUCUGCUUAUGGGAGGCGUAACAUUCCAUGAGUGAAGGUGACAGCUAUUUGGAUCAGCGGGAUCUUCUUUGGAAAAGGAGAAUACGGGUAUUUUUUACAAUCAUAGACUGGUGAAGUAAGGUUUUAUUGCAAGGGUAAGGGAGGAUAGCUAGGUUUGCUGUUUGCUUUCUUCUUUUGUUUUAUUGUAUUUUAUUUUUCUGACCAAAGUAUUAUGCAAUGCUUUUCUCAAAUGCCCAUUGAUGGGUAUGGAGCUGAUAGCUCAGCAAAACAUUUCUUGUCAAUGAAGGAUAAGUAUAAGAAAUGAAUCAAUCUUAGUCCGAGGGGCGAUCCUCUGAUGUACAGAUGAGCACAUUGCCAGAUUUCCUCCGAAAUGCUGCUAAACCUGCACCCACGUAUGCAUUCAACCAAAAAGAUUUAAUAGCAUUUGGGUGGAAACUAACAAGUGAUCAGCAGUUGAAUAAUUUCAUGAGCUCGUUGUCAUGAAGAUACCGCGGUGCCCAUCGGCCUAGCAAAGACAUUUGCAAUUAGACUUUUAUCAGGUCCUGUUGAGUCCAAUCAUGUUUUUGCACAGAGCCAAAACUAGAAGAAGAUUAGAUUCGACCUGAACCAAACUCUGUCUCAGGUAACGUCUAACUGGUUCACAGUGAGUUUGGUUGACUCCACGGACUAGGAAAUGAAUGUUUUUGUGCUGAGUCAAGUUCAGCCACAAAGAUUGCAGAUAAUCAUUUUAAGAUGUGGUGAUAUGAUUUUAGUGUGAUUGAUUUGGUUUAGAGCAUCGACUAGAUCUUCGGUCCUUGCUCUCUGUGACGGGUAUGCACAUUAUUGUCGCAAAUGGUCUUUCAUCUUUUAACAGCUCGAGCAUUUUCUAUGAUGCCUCCAGUUUUGAGCAGUUUGAUUGUGUGCAAACCAUUUGAAAUGCAGACAAGAAUGCAGUCAUUGCAACAACUCUCUUUUUUUUGCACACAUGGGUGACGUUCAGAGACCUGACCUCGGCCACUGCCCACCCAGUGUGUUCCUCUCUCAGGUCCCUACUGGCCUGGAUCGAAACAGGGUAAAGUGAGUGUUAGUAUGUAUUGCAUUCAGGAGUUACUCCAGCGACCGUGCUGAUGUGCUUGUUGUGGUAGUAAACAUAGUUGUCAGGACAUAGAUAGUCCUCUGUAGGAAAAUUGUUUCCGCCUCAUUUGCGUGAUGGUCACCCCGCCCCUUCGUGCAGGUGAGAGUGGAUGUAGUUUGAAAGUGAAACAUAUGGGGAGUGGGCAGUGAUUGUUCCUCUUUCAGCAUUUGUGACGAGCAAAGCAAGAAGCAGUCGCAUUCCCGGACUGCUCGCUUGUCCUACUGCUGCCCUUUUUAACCACACCUCCUGUGCAGUGUUUCUCUUUCAAAUGCUUCAGUUCUCGUUUCAUCUUUUAAAUUUCUUUUUACAUUUUCAUGUACAGUACCUAUGUAGUGAUUUUUGAAUGUUUUGGGUUGUUGUCUUUUUUCUCACGUAUUAAUUGUCUUUUUUUAGUGAGGCUAAACCCUCAUUUUCUGUUUCUUAACUUUUUUGUGGACUUGGUUUAAGACUCAUUCCCUUGUGCACAGCAGUUUACAAAAGUGUUACUCAGGUGAUGUGAUGUCAGACACAUUUUAUGCGACAAUACUGACAUCUCGUUUCAUCAAGUUGUAUGUUUUACUUGGGAUUUAAAAUCAGGUGUUGUGGGACCACUUAGGAUUCCAGUCUGGUGUCAUCUUUCUUCCAUUUUCUACAGCGGCAAAGUUAUUUCAAUGCAAGUGAUUGUUUCACAUUAACUCCAGUGCAAGCCAUGACGAUAGAGUCCGCAAAUUGCUAUAGAUUUUCCUGCAAUAGUUUGACUUAAUGGAGAUAGAUCCUGAGAUUAUUUUGUGAUUGACGUCCAUUUUUUGGCCUCAUAAGAACAGUCACCCCUGUGAGUCUUUGUUAACACCUUUAAAGUGAGCGCACAUUUAGCCCGACGAUAAUUCGACGUGUUCUGAAUGGCUGAUUUAUGGCAAAUUUGGAGUUUCUGAUCGAGGCGAACCACUCAUUUUCUACUACUUAAGCUCAGGGACUCGGAAACAUCAUUGUUUGAUGUGUCAUGUUAAAUGCAAAGUACAUCUCUUAACUGCACUAACCUGCAUCGGCAGUCACAGAGACCUUUCAGCAGAGUAAUACUGAUGCAGUUGAAGAAGAAGAGAAAAGUUCAGGGUGGCCAACAACAGAGGCGCUACCAACUCUCUUCUCUCAAAGUAACUUCAGGAAUGCAUUGAACAUCACACACAUCAGAGAUCUGACUGUAGGAAAAAGAUCUGAAGGGAGAUUUUUCCUUUUAUGUAGCAUCCUGCUACUUAACGCAAAUAACUCAUCUCCACUACCUUACUGCCAAUUUCUGUCGUAAUCUAAUUCACGAUAAUGGAUUGCGCUUUUAUUUUUAUUUUUAACACAAAGAAAAUGUCAUUUAUAAUAUCUGUGCUGAAACUACCUCUUUGUCAUCAUUUUACUUACACUACAAUUAGGUGAUUCUUUUUGUCUUAUUUAUUGGACUCAUUGCUUACAUUUUCAUAGUUUGUCGCUUAUCUCACCCAGUGACCUCAGAUUUAUAAAAGUGCUUCAAACCUGAUUAUUGUAACUUUCUAAGCAUGUUGCUGCAUGUUGCUCUCUACCUCACACUUGCUGCUGUUUAUCUGUCAGCCGCUAAUUUUCCCUGACCUCUGGCUGGAACACAACGAAUAUUUUAAUCUCUAUUAUCAGGGAUCCUCGUUUAUGCAACCCUUUUGUUUCAUUUUGAAUUAGGGUCAUCUUUUGUUUCACUUCUGCCCUGUUAUCGUGAAUCCAAAACCAAAGAUGAAAGAAUGUCCAUGACAAUGUCAGCCUACUGAUUAUUCACAUGAAGCAUUAUCGCCGCCCUCAUGCAGUGCUUUAUUUUCCUGUGUUGACACUUUUUUUAAAGCAGCCCGCUAGCUUGUGAAUGGUGGUUGGAUGUGUGUAUACAUGAUAUUCAACACGUCACGCUAUGCCUGUGUAGUUUUUUUUGUUUGUUUGUUUUUUAGCUAAAUGAUUGCUGUUGACCAUUCAAGGUAACAGUGUUCACAAUGUGGCUGCUUAUCAUAUCUGAUGCUGCUUGUAAUCGAUUAUCAAUCAGGGAAUGUAAUUGUGGUCGCGCUGACAUCUACUUGUGUUUACAUGCUUCCGCUCAGUCGGAUGACCCUGGCACUAUGGCACGAGACUGCUGCGGUUUUAUCAUUGGGUUUGGACUCAUGCGGGCUUCUGAAAUGAGGCUGCAACUUUACUCACUGAUAAUGAUAUUAACAUGAUAUAAUAAGGAGAAGCUAAUAACGAAGGACCCUCUGUUACGAUUUUUAGACUUUCUGACUGCUCUGUGUAAGUGCAGAGAUCAUUUUACUCUGUAUUCAUUGCCACAAAGUUAUCCCCAUUUAAAUGUAUCGUUUUCUCUUAGUGUAUGCUGAAUAUGCAGUUGAAUUUGCCUGUCAUACAUUGUUUGCUGUAUCUUCAUGUAAAAUGUGUCCAUCUCGAGUGGUGCAACACAUUCAUACCCUGUUUACAGGAGCACAAGGUGAGGAGAAUCUGGGGUUGAAGUGAAUAAGAAUCGAGUCAUGAAAUAUCUCAGGGAAUACAUUGAUUUACCCACUGUUGUUUACUGUGAACAGACAAUUGAAACUGCUUCGUGUUUUUUUUCUUCAGAAAUCUUGUCUGCUCUUGUUACUUUAACUACCUGUGAAGAAUGUGAUCCAUUAUGUGUUAAAAGCAUGUUUAGAAUGUGUUAGGAAAUGAAAACCAAAUAAAUGUGAACGUUAUGCAAGCAUA